GUUUCGUGGGACCCAGAUCUCAACCAAAGUUCUUCAGAUCGUCUCCUAAAACAUGUGUUUAGGGCUGACAAAUAAAAGUUUUUAAAAUUCGAAAAAAUUCUUUUAUAGCCGUUUCGGUGAGAAAACCCAUUAAAACGCUUCGAUUUUUAUUUAUUUCCUUUUGAGAUUCCAACGAAGAAGUUCUCGAUUUUGAGGUUUUGUGGCCAAUGGCUGAAUCUGCUGUUCUGUUUCAUUCCUAUUCGUUCGCAGCUCCUCCUUCUCGUAAUGAAUCUCAUGAGGAUAAUACGAUGCAUGCGCUUAGUCAAUCAGUUUCAUUUGGUAGAUUCAUGACAGAGAAUCUUGAAUGGGGGAAAUGGUCAAGUUUUUCGCAUAAGAAGUAUGUCGAUGAAGCUGAGAAGUUCUCUCAGCCUGGAUCUGUUGCUCAGAAGAAAGCUUUCUUUGAAGCUCAUUACAAGAAAAUAGCUGAAGCAAAGAAAGCAAAAGCUUCAGAUCAAUCAUCUGAUUCUGACCCUAAACAAGAACCAGAAAGUGUUGCGGUGUUGCUUAACACUUUGGAGACAUUGACUAAGGAUGAGGUUAAGGAAGAAGAGGGUGAUGAAACUGAGUUAGUCUUGAGUAGUAGUGAAGAGUUGGUGUUGAGUAUUGAGAAAGAUGAUGAGCCAGUAAGAACAAAUGUUGCGGUUUUGGAACAAGAAGAUGAUUUGCAGGUUAUUCAUGAUGAUAAAGAGAAAGAUAAUCACUCUGAGGAUGGAGAGUUGGUGAAGAAGAGUUGUUUCGUUGGAGAGAAAGAAGAAGAGAGAAAAUCCGUAACCAAGAACUCAUCGGUGGUUAGAUUGUCUAUAGAGAAAUCAGCAACUUCUGAAACUCCGGACAAAGCAAUGGAGCUUGUUUUCUCACUGAAAAUAAGUGGAAAACCGAUAACUCAUAGUUCGUUGACGAAAAGCGAAAAACCAGUUCGUCCUAGAUUCGGUUUCUUGAGCUGUUUGAUGGGAAACACUAAAACUCAAGAUCAAAAGCUGACUAUAAAGAAGAGAAAGACGAGUAAGAAACCAUUUCUAUGUCUUUGCUUCAAACCCGAGAUGGCUGGGGAAACAGAAGCAGGAAGACAAAGGUAGAACACCAAAACACAGAAGAGGAAUCUCUGAAAACACUUGCAAGUAGAAAGAUUGAUCUGUCCUAGGAUUCAAGAGUGGUAAAAAACUAAAAAAGAGAAUCUUUGAGUGCACAGUAGCAAGAAAAAAGUGAAUAUCAGAAGAACGUUUGUUUCUUUUUUCUGGUAUUGUAUCUUUGUGAACCUUUUUGUUGUAUGUAUGUAUCUUCUUCAUCUUCAAUGAAAAACCUUUCUCCUUCUUUCAUAGUCUUUAUACUCGAUUCGAAUUCGAUAUGUUAAGUUUUAUAUUGCUCUUC